CACGUCGGGCGGCGGGGGUCGCUCCCCGCCGGGCCUCUUCGCCGCCGCCUCCUCUCCGCCGCACGGCGGCCCCGCUCCACGCCGCCCCGGCGGCUAUAAAGGGCCGGCCGCCGCCCGCCGCUGCCUCUCCGCUUGCCGAGCCGCAGUGCGUGAGUGGGUGUCCGGGGCCGAGCGCCGCCCCGGGCCGGGACCGCGGGGCAGGGAGGGCACGGGGAAAGCGAGGGGGCGCCGGGCGAGCGCGGCUCCGGCCCGUCCUGUCCUGUCCUGUCAGCCCGGCGGCCCCUCUCCUCUCUCAGCCGCCGCCGCGUGUUGGUUAUUGACCCGCUAGAGCCGCUCAAUUUUAUAUAUGCGUGUAUAUAUAUAUAUAUAAAAUAUAAACAUAGCAGAGAAGAUUUAAUUUUAAAAGAAAGGUUCGCAUAAAUAUAUAUUACAGAGAGGAUUAUUUUUCCUAAAUUUUUUUUUUUGUUUUUUUACCUCAGAAAAUCAAACGGCAUCUGCUCUGGAGAAUUGGGGCUAAAGUAGACUUUUAAAGCAAACUAAGGGACGUUUUUAGGGAGACCAAGGACGGUUUUGCCCAGGAGCUGACAGGAGAAGCGCUCAGGAGCUGACGUAGGAAUUUUGGCUUCGUAUCCGAGAGCCCUGCUCUCCUGGAAGCUUAACUUUGUUUUUUGCUGAUUUCUAAGCCUCUCCUUCCCCAUUGGCUGCUGUGUGGCCCCCCAGUUUUGCCCUCCCUUCGGUCAUCAGCCCCCCCCCAGCUUAGUGAGGCUUUUAAAUAAGAUUUUGAGUUUUCCCCCAGUUUAAAUAUUUACGAAAAGCUUGACCUAAAGAAACCCCAAGAAUAAAACCCUGUGAGUUGCCGGCGGGAGCGUGUGGUGAGUGGAAGAUGAAUGCGGCUGCCAGCAGUUACCCGAUGGCGUCGCUGUACGUGGGUGACCUGCACCCCGAUGUCACCGAGGCCAUGCUCUAUGAGAAGUUCAGCCCCGCUGGGCCUGUUCUCUCCAUUCGGGUCUGCAGGGAUAUGAUCACCCGCCGGUCCCUCGGGUACGCCUACGUCAACUUCCAGCAGCCAGCAGAUGCUGAGCGUGCUCUAGAUACCAUGAAUUUUGAUGUGAUCAAAGGAAAACCCAUUCGCAUCAUGUGGUCUCAGAGGGACCCCUCCUUAAGGAAGUCAGGGGUUGGGAAUGUCUUCAUUAAGAACCUGGACAAAUCCAUUGAUAACAAGGCACUUUAUGACACAUUCUCAGCGUUUGGGAAUAUUUUGUCCUGCAAGGUGGUGUGUGAUGAGAAUGGCUCUAAGGGCUACGCAUUUGUGCACUUUGAGACCCAGGAUGCUGCAGAUAGAGCCAUCGAGAAGAUGAACGGCAUGCUGCUAAACGACCGCAAAGUAUUUGUUGGGAGAUUCAAGUCUCGUAAAGAGCGGGAAGCUGAGUUGGGAGCCAAGGCAAAGGAAUUCACCAAUGUUUAUAUUAAAAACUUUGGGGAUGACAUGGAUGAUGAAAGACUAAAGGAGCUCUUCAGCAAAUAUGGUAAAACUCUGAGUGUUAAAGUGAUGACAGACCCCACUGGAAAAUCCAAAGGCUUUGGCUUUGUAAGCUUUGAAAAGCAUGAAGAUGCUAACAAGGCAGUAGAAGAAAUGAAUGGAAAGGAUAUCAAUGGGAAAAUGGUAUUUGUAGGCCGAGCACAGAAGAAGGUCGAGCGCCAGGCAGAGCUGAAACGGAAGUUUGAACAGCUAAAACAAGAGAGACUCAGCCGGUACCAGGGUGUUAACCUGUACAUUAAAAACCUAGAUGACACUAUAGAUGAUGAAAAAUUGAGGAAGGAGUUCUCACCUUUUGGGUCAAUAACAAGUGCUAAGGUGAUGCUGGAAGAUGGACGGAGCAAAGGGUUUGGCUUUGUCUGCUUUUCCUCUCCAGAGGAAGCUACGAAAGCUGUGACAGAGAUGAAUGGGCGAAUUGUGGGCUCAAAGCCAUUGUAUGUUGCACUUGCACAAAGGAAGGAAGAGCGAAAGGCCCAUCUAACUAAUCAGUACAUGCAGCGCAUUGCUGGGAUGAGAGCCUUGCCUGCCAACACAAUCAUUAAUCAGUUCCAGCCCGCUGCUGGGGGAUACUUCAUGCCUGCUGUGCCCCAGGCUCAGAGCAGACCCACUUACUAUGCACCCAACCAAAUGGCGCAGAUGAGACCCAACCCACGCUGGCAGCAGGGAGGAAGACCUCAAGGCUUCCAGGGAAUGCCAAAUGCCAUGCGCCAGUCUGGACCACGGCCAGCACUGCGCCAUCUGGCCCCUGCCGGUAAUGCUCCGGCCUCUCGUGGCCUCCCUGCCGCUGCCCAGCGAGUUGGCGUUGGCACUGCAGCGCAGAAUUUAGCUCCUCGUCCGCCUGUAGCUGCCCCCGCUCCCAGAGCAGUUCCUCCUUACAAAUAUGCCUCAAGUGUCCGCAGCCCACACCCAGCUGUACAGCCUUUGCAGGCGCCUCAGCCUGCAGUACACGUGCAGGGACAGGAACCACUGACCGCCUCCAUGCUGGCUGCUGCCCCUCCCCAGGAGCAGAAACAGAUGCUGGGAGAACGUUUGUUCCCUCUGAUUCAAGCUAUGCACCCCAGCCUUGCAGGGAAGAUCACAGGAAUGCUGCUAGAGAUUGACAACUCGGAGCUGCUGCACAUGCUGGAGUCUCCAGAGUCCCUCCGGUCAAAGGUGGAGGAGGCUGUUGCAGUGUUGCAGGCUCACCAAGCCAAGAAAGAAGCUGCCCAGAAGGUGGGCGUGGUUGCUGCUACCUCUUAAACCCAGGAAGACUGGAUGCAAAGAAGCCAAAUAGCCCCUUCAUGGACAUCUGCUCAAGAUGUUUGAAGAUUCUUCACUGUCCUGCAGAUUUCAAUGCCAUGCAUCAUAUCACAUAGUUAUAUUGCAUUUUGUAAAUUAAUCUUUAAGAUCUUAUUUAAAAAGCCAACUCUGAAGCUCUAGAUUUCCAAAAGCAGAAUUGGGCUUGCAAGCUUUUCUGUCGUGGUCAGAACAGAGCUACCCUUUGUGUCUUCUAAGCAGGAUAUUGAGGAUUUUAGGUUGAAAGUUAUUUUGUGGUUUUGGUUUUAACUGAACAAUCCACUUUGGAAAGCCUAGAAAGCAUUUAUCAAUAAAGGAAUAAAAACUUUCA